AUGCUCCAAAGGUUCCCACGCUGUUGACCAGUUCCUCUGGUGACAUUAUGAAGGAUGAUUCAGUGACUCUGACCUGUAGCAGUGAUGCUAACCCAGUAGCCAAAUAUACCUGGUACAAGAAGAACCAAACACCCCUCAGUGAAGAACCACAGCUUUUCUUCAGCUCCAUCCAGUCCUCUGACUCUGGAGAGUAUUACUGUGCAGCUGAGAACGAGCUGGGGAGGAGGACGUCUGAAUAUGUUAUUAUCAAUGUGCAAUAUGCUCCAAAGCUUCCCUCUGUGUCAGUGAGUCCCUCUGCUGAGAUAGUGGAGGGCAGUUCAGUGACUCUGACCUGCAGCAGUGAUGCUAACCCAGCAGCUAAGUAUACCUGGUACAAGAAC